ACCGCCGCUGCGAGGAGGACGGAAUCGCCUUUCUCCGUGCUCGAGACGAAGAGGCAAACUCCGGUGGUGGGAGUUGUUGAUACCUGUAGAGUUCAGCGGAGUUACUCCGGCGACUACCAACGGCAGGUACAGAAGUGCUCGAGAGUUGCCGAAAGUGUGUAAUGUGCGUAUCGAAAAAAACAGUGAAUCGUGAAGUUGUGGUGAACACGUAACGGUACUUGAUGGGACGAAACCGGCCGAUUAUACAGCCGUGCGUUUAAAUCACUCGACCCGGACAAGUUCUUUUUCUGUGCUUGUGGUGAAAAUGCAGCCUACCUAAGCGGGAAAAUCACCGGAAAACACAUGUUCAGCCGGAUUUUUAGGGUGGACGACAUGUUCAAAGGAAGGUCCGGAAGUUUGGGGUCUGGAAGUGCCGCUCCGAGCAUCGAGCGACCCAAAAAGGAAGCGCCGGACAGGACGCCGGAAGCCCCGGCAAUGGCCAGCUCGGAUAUCGACAGUCUGGAAGAGGCCCGGAAAUUGGUCAGGGAUCUUCGGCAGAAGACGAGGUCCCAGGCGCAGCAAAUUUUGGCCUGGAAACGAGCCUACAAGAUGCAGGAAAUGCUCAUCACCCGCCUCCAGCGCGAAAAGUCCAACCAGCUCAAAUUCCUCAGCGCCAAACUUCUGCUUUUCCACUCCCGCCUCAUCCGUAAGCAAAAGGACAUCUCGGCUAUGCUGACCCUUCGCGAGAACAUCAUCCACCGCCAGAAGAUCCUCAUCGAGAGCCUCAGCAGCCGCCUCACCGACAACGGUCUGGAAGUCCCCCAGUCUGAGCUGACCGAGCUCGAUACGACCCUGCACGAUUUGGAUUCGCUCAACGAUUCGGACAGCGCCGUCGUCAUGGAAGAUAUCGAUUCGGACAGCAACGUCUUCCAGGUCCCUAAGUUUCGCUCCGCUGGCACAGAUGGCAUCACCGUCGUUCGGUCAAUCUCGGACGCGAUCGACCCCAGUCUUAAGUACACUUCGCUGAGACGGAACAACAUGUUUUUGCGCCGGCCGGAGAUUUUGGAAACCGUGUAUAGUGUGGAGGAGGACGUGGACGAAGCCCCGAUUGCUGAAAGUAAGAGCGACGCAGAUAAAAAACGCGACGCUUUUGCCAGGGGGAAGUCCACGUGUAACGUGGUGGAAGGGGAAGAGGCGAGCCAGAAGGAUCGGUCCGUGGAAGAAAAAGUCUGUGAAGUACCGACUUGGCCCUAUAGUGGUGACAAAACGAGCGAAGAGAGCGAAGACGAGAAAGCCAAAUCGAGCACGAAUCAUGUAAAAACGUAUAAUAGGGUUAUGUCGAAUCAUAGGUCCGUAACGAAACCGAAAGACGUUAAAUAUAAAAGAAUCAACAAAGCGAAGUCGAAAAGUCUGGAGGAACUGAGAGGGAGAUUGAAAAACUGGGUGGAACAAGGGAGCAAAUUAACUGGAAUCACUUUGGACCAUAGCCAGAGCUAUGCUUAAUACAGGUCCAAAUUUUUAUGUUUGGAAGUUACGUUUUGUUUGAUCAUUCUUUUCAUGUUUGCAUUCAUAUUGUUAGUGUUAUUGGUCGUGUAAUGUCUUUUUCAUCAAGACUUGGUGCGGUUUCACACUAUUCGUAUCUUUUUUAAGACAAUAUGUACCGAGUGUUGUGGAUACUUUUAAAGUUUGUGUAAAUAGGAGCAAGGAACGAAAACUGUGAAAACGUAUCAACUAACUCUAUUGAAACAAAAAUAUGUGAUAUUGUUUUUUGGUGUAUAUAAUAUUUUAGUAGGUAGAAAUCUUAGUCAAUUGUAGCGGUUAAGUAAGUCUAACUUUGUAUAAAGUCAUAAAGUUUCUUACAUAUCACCUAUUAAGAGGGUCGUCGAAAUAACCAUGUUACCGAAAUGACACCCGACUAGUAAGUAUUUGUGGGGGAAAAAUUCACUUGCCUAAUUGUAUAAAAUGCUUUUUAUUAAGAAUAAGAUUACGAUAAUUUUGUACAUAUAACUAUUUUUUAUUAAAACGUUGUUCCUUGUAGACAUUUUAAGAUCUCUUUCGAUACAGUUGCUUUGAGUAGUCGCUCGCUAGUUGCAAAAAUGUGAGAUUUGGUUGAUUAGAAACGAGACUGUGCGGUUGUGCUGUUUUAAUAUUUAUUGUCGGUUACGUAAAAUUGUGUAUUGUAACCUUUAAACAUAACAGUUAAUGUAUUGUUUACAGUGUAAGAUGUAACGUCUGUGUAACAAUAAAAGACAAUCAGAGUAA